GGAACACCGGAGGGGAAGUCGCAACACUGUGUCCUCCGACUUUACUACGAAGGUAAAGCGAAGCCAAAGCAAUGGAGAGGAAACGCAUCAAAAGCUCACUUAAUGUUUGAAGAAAAGUAAGAUGCCAGGUUUUGUUUCAUGCCCUGCCAGUCAACUAGUCUUUGGAAUCAUCGUCCUCUCCUCUGUCCACAUCAAGUCAGAGAUAUGGACCAAUGAAGUUUCAGAUGUUCAGUUUGGUAGACUGGGCUCCAGGGUCACCCUCACAUGCGGAGGCUCUUACAGUGGGUCUCCGGUGGAAUGGCGGCUCAAUGGAAGCUCAGUACUGCCGUGGCCAACACAGAUCUCUGAGGAUUUGCUUGCGCUCCUAAACACCAGACACUAUAUGGAGGGCAACUAUAGCUGCCACGAUGAAAGAGGGACUUUACUGCAGACCAUCAAACUACGCCUGGGCCACCUGCCUCAUUAUGUCAAUGUUUCUUGCCGUGUGCCAAGUCAUAAUACAAUCUACUGCUCCUGGGUGCAAACUAAGACAACACACCUGCCAACAUUGUUCAUCUCCUCUUACAGUGUUAAAGGCAAAGGAGCUGAACCUUGUGAGCAGGAGAAUAUUGGGGUGAAUGAAUGUACCAUUACCAACCCUCCGAUCUGGAACUCAAAGCUCCUGGUGAACAUCACAGAGAUUAACCCACUGGGAUCGAACUCCACUAUUAUACAAGUAGAUUUUCAUAAACUCUUGAAACCAGAUCCUCCAGAUGGCAUUACAGUUCUGCAGGUGGAGGGUCAGCCCACACAGUUAUUGGUCCAGUGGAGAAUUCCUGCAUCUUGGCCUGAUGAAUUUAAUGGAGCCUUUCCUUUAAUAUUCUCAUUGCGAUACCGGCCAAUCGGCUCCAGCUACUGGUCAAUGCUGGAGACAGAGGACAACACCAGUCUGAGGAUCAUGGAUGCUCUGGUGGGUCAUCUACAUCAGAUCCAGAUCAGAGCUAAGGACGCCCUGAUCAAUCACAGCCAGUGGAGUGAAUGGAGUCAUGUGGUAGAGGCCCGACCUUGGAUCAACCCUUGGGAAGAGCCAACAGAGGAACCACUGGAUUUUAGCUAUUCAUUUUUCAACUUGUCAUUUCCAGUUCGGGCAACAGACAAGUCUCUAGAUUCAUCGUUAGGCUUAAAUGGAAGCCUUGGCCUGUUGGUUUUACUGGGGCUGUUUGCUGCAGUCAUGGUGGCCAUGAUGUUAACAAUCAUAGCCCUUCUAUGGGUGAGACAAAAGAAACGAGACAAUGUGAUGAAACAGGAACUGACCUCCAUGGUGAAGAUGAAGUCCAUACCGAUCUGAAAUUUAAGAAGUUCUCAGUCUCCAGUUCGGCCCUCAUAGGGCAUCAGGAUAGGGAAUCACCACCAAUGCCACUGCGGCGCUGACAGACUACAUAACCCACAAUCCACCUCUCCUCUCGCUGCUCAGGGGAUGGGCUCCUUUUGGCUGAGUUCUGAGUCCCGUGAACUGUGAACAUGUACAGGUCUACAAUGUAGCACAAUGCAAUGGAAAAACACAAAGAUUUCUUUCUUUUUCUUUCUUCCUUUCUUUCUUUCUUUCUUUCUUUUUCUUUCUUUUUCUUUCUUUCAAAAGGCUUGGACAAUCAAAAACUAUCAAAAGUUUCCUAUACUCCCCAUACUCCACUAUACUCCAUCUGUGACUCUUGGAAUGCUGUGAAAAAGUUGAGCAGUCAGCUGGAUGUGUGCAGCGCAUGGGGCAUUAUGGAAAAACUGCUGUUGUCUACGUUUCAGUACACAAAAACUCACUCGUCUGGCAAAAACGGGACUCGAUAACCUUAAACAGCUGCUAUCUGUGGAGUACAUAAUAUUUGCCAUUGUCUUGGCACUCCACUGAUGGAUACAGAUUUUUUUCCACAACACUGUUUCGUGAAAAUGUCUAAGAUCGAAUUUCAUGACAGGUGGACACGUCUGCAACUGAUUUUUGUAACUGGUUAGUUUUCAACCAGAUCUUAAGCAUCUAGUUCUCUGCAGUAAACUCCCAUAAAUUGCAUUUAACUGCAAAAAUAAAUCAAUAAAUCUUAAUCAGUUUUUUAAUUGUUUUCUAGUAAAAGUAAAUAAACACCCCUAAGCAUCCUUAAAACAAGACACAUUUACUAUAAGCAGUAUUGUGUAAGAGAACAAGACUUGCUUUUAGAGAGUAUACCUUGAAUUAAGUCCCACCCCACUGUCAUUUUUAUCUUGUUUAAGUAUAUAUGUCACAAAAUUCUGUUAAUUUAGACAUAAUCAAGAAGUCCUAUUGUCUUAUUGCUUCUCAAGUAAAUGUAUCUUGUUGUAAGGCUGUUUAGAUAUUUUUACUGGAAAACAAGACAAAAAUGAUUUUUUAUUUUAUUUAUUUUUUUGUGAUGUUCAUCUUGACACGAACCUUGGAGGUAAUGUCUUGAAAGUACAGUAUACCCCAGUAACGAUUAUCAGUACUGUGACACACAAGCCUCAUUGACUGCCUACAAUGAGUGACACAAACUUCGGCAAGCUGGUGUUUAACAGAAAUUGGACCUUCAAUGCAAUGAAUGCAUUUCAUUUCUGUUUUCCCUCCUUGGAAUAGACUUAUUUUUCAACUAAAGAAAAUGUUCAUCCUCAGUGCAUUGAAUCGAGACAUGAAUGUAAAUCAAUCUUACAAUGUCACGCAUUUGUAAGGUGAUGUGUUUAUAUCUUAAAGCUGAUUUGUUUCUAUGUUGAAGCUAAUGCAUAUUCAUGAUAUUAGAAUUCUAUUGAAGCUCAUCUACAAAGUUAUAUUGUUAUACAUUUAUGCAGUUAUAUUGUAUAUAAUUUCUAUACAGCGGAUUGUUCUGUUGUACAUUGAUUCCCCAGUGAUAUAAAGCUCAAGUGCAUGCGUUUUGUUUUCCUUUUAUACAUGCUAAAUCAUCAUACUUGUCCUUUCUAGGUAUAAACAAAAAAAUUAACAUUGUCUAUACAAAGACAUAAGUGUGUUAUGUUGACAUUAUAAAGUCUUUGUAUCUGAAAUGAGAUGUAUCCAUAACCAUCAAAUGUUAUCUCGCCCUCCUGUAUCGUUGCGUCUUUGAUGGUGCUGCUUAUCAAAUUCUUAAAACUUACAUUUCUAAUCAGUCUUUUGUACAACAUUAGGUAUUGAUUAGGUUUUUGAUGUUUUAAAAUGCAAGUUCUUUGUGCUCCUCACUCAAAAAAAGAAAUAACUCUUUGGCUGAACUUGAUUCAAUCAUGGACAGUGGUUGCACAUGUUUGAAAUGAGUUUCUUUAAAUGAAAAGCACCAUGUAAUAUCAACUUAAAUACUUCAAGUAGCGGAAACCUAAUUGAAUCAAGUAAACCCAACAAAAUGUAACAUGUCAAAAUAAUUUAAAUGAAACUCUUUUAGUGAAAGGCCAGCUAGUGACAGGAAUGUUAGCAUGCUAAAUAUAUGCUGGUGGGAAGCACUAGUGAGAGCAGCUUGGUAAUUAUGCUGUAGUUAACAGCAAUUGCUCAAUGGAUGAAGCAGUAGUACUUUAUUUUACAGUACUGGUCUACAUUUACUAUAUAUUACAACAACUACAGUAAAUAUUAGGUACUAACCCUAAACCUAACCUCAACCCUACCUUAACCCAUAUUAAGUACAUGUAGUUACCUAAUAUUACUCAGUACUUUCUUGGGUAAGAACACUAUAAGUAUACUGAAAGUACAUGUACUGUAAAAUAAAGUGCAACCAAUAAAGCAAUAUGUAGAGUACUCAAAAUGUCAAUCUCCACUUUUCACAUAUAUAACAUGGGGUAACCCCCAAAACUACUGAAAUUCUUUUAAAUCUCAACAUCACAAAACAUUAAAGGAAUAUUCCAGGUUCAAUACAAGUUAAGCUCAAUCGACAGCAUUUGUAGCAUAAUACUGAUUAAAAAUAAAUUUCGACUCGUUCCUCCUUUUCUUUAAAAAAUUCAAAAAUCUGGUUACAGGGAGCCACUUACAAUAGAAGUGAAUGGGGCCAGUUUUUUUGUUAAAAUGCCCACUGUUUCAAAAGUUUAGCCACAAGACAUAAACAGCAUGCGUGUAAACAUGAUUUUAGUUUGAUAAAAUCACUUACUAACCUUUUCUGUGUAAAGUUAUAGCCAAUUUUACAUCUUCGUUGCCAUGAUGAUGUUAUGUCAACAAACCUUAUAAUCCUAAAACUACUGUAAAAAUGAUAAUUUAAACAACUUUACAGCUCAAAUAAUACAUGAGUUUUAACAGAAGAAUUAAUGUAAGUGCUUCUGUAAAACUAUAAGUUUCACAUUUCUGCCUUUAAACCCUCUAAAAAUUGGCCCCCAUUCACUUCCAUUGUAAGUGCCUCACUGUAGCCUUGAUUUUUGCUUUUGUUAAUGAAAAGGAGGGAUGAUUCGAAAUUAAUUUGUGGUAAUCAGCAUUAUGCCACAAGUUUAACUUGUACUAAACCCGGAAUAUUAAUUUAAACACUAACAAAUCUCCCCCUUUAUAUUCAUCUUGCACAAAGACACAUAAAAUAACACUUUAUUUUAACAUUUACUCUCUCUGUCGAGUCCCAUACAAAGCCUGUUUCAGUUAACCAAACAAAAAAUAUUUUUCCCAAUAUGUUGUCCCAAUGCAAAUGGAUUAAGUACAGCUGACAAGACACUUUUUAUAGUUGAAUCAGCUUAGUUAAUUUAAGUCCCCAUUUACAUACAUUUUUGAGUAAUAUGAACAUGGGAGAACUGAGUAAAGCUAAGGAUAGGGAAAGGUCUUUUUUCUUUUCUUUUUUCUUUUCUUAGUGCUUGCUAAGACACGGGAUUUUUGCCGAAUGUCUUUGGAAGUCAUCCUGAUCAUUCAAAGUCAGUGAUAUUUUCUGGUGAUGUCAGCAAACGUGCACAAACACCAAAAGAACAUCUAAAAUAUCUCACUUCUUUUUUUAUUAAAGAUUCACUGUGAUAAUUCAAGGGAAAAUUGACUGAAGACUUUUGUUUCUUCAUGCAUAUUUGCACCAUUGACUCAUAACCUCUGCUAUUUUUGUGCCUUUUUGUACUGUUUCUGUUCCACCUGUAGUAGUGCAUUUAUGGACUGCAAUAUUUAUACUGAAACUUGCCUGAGAUUGGUGCUCUUAUGAUAUCCCCCUUUAAAUUAGAUUUUGAUAAAAAAAAUAAAAAUAAAAAAAAAGGUUUUGUCAGCUUUUCCAGUGGCCAGUUUGGUGAUAUUAGUUUAGCAGAUGUACUUGUGCCCUGCUUUUGUUAAAGUUGUGCAUGUGGGCAAUAAUAACAUUCUGUUGGAGUUUAACACUUUGUAAAGUUAUGGGUUGGUUAAUGGUUGGUGCUGUGGUUGAAGGUUUAAGAGGUAGAAAUGUGUUUCUGCUUGUGGAGAAGUAGAAGACUUCUGGUCCAGUUUUGGAACAUGAUACUAUACUGUAUAUUGCAUGUCCCAACUAUGUAUAGUACUGAUGUCAUAGACGAGAUGCAAUUAAGACUGUUUGAUUAAAAUAUUAUUUUUCUGUAGUACUCAAAUGUUAUCACGAUCAUGAACAUUUAGUAAAGCAUCUGAAAAUUGUAACGUGCUUUUUCAAGAAAUUGGUAAAACUUUACAAUUAGGUUGUAUAUGUUAUCUUUAGUUAAUGCAAUAACAUUACAUGAACUAUCAAUGAACAUUACUAUUACAGUAUUUAUUAAUCUUGGUUAAUGUUCAUUUCGACAUACACAUUUUCAGCAUUGAAUGGUUUUUAAACUCUAACAUUAUUUAUUGCAUUAUGAACUAACAAGGAAUAAUAGUAUUUCUAUAAAUAGACCAAGAUUAAGAAAUGCUGUAUUGUUCAUUAGGAAAUGAUACCUUAUGCAUUUACUAAUGUUAAUGUACAAAGCAUUAUUGUAAAUUGUUAACAAAAUAUCUUCUCACAAUUGUUACUUUCAUUGAUUUGUUUAUUUUUAGACCUGUGUUGAACAAUGCCAUCUGUAACUGACUCACUAAAGAUGUGUUGGCCUGCAGUGCAGUUCUAAUUCCUCCACUCUGACCAACAAGUCUUGCAUCAGAUAAAUUUAAUCUCACACUGAUGAAAGAUGCAAGAUUCCAGAACACAAAGCCAAUGGAAACAAGCUAUCCAUCUAUUAUUAGCAUCUAUAUAUCAGCUACAACAUUAUUUAUUAUCUCAUUACAAUGGCACCAGUCAAGGCGUGGGAUAUAUCAGGCAGCAAGUGAACAGUCAGUUCUUGCAUUUGAAUAAACCAGCCCGUCUGGCACCAACAAUCAUCCAUACAAUUAUCUAACUACCCAAUUGUGUGGCAGCAGUGCAGUGCGUAAAAUCAUCCAGAUACGGGUCAGGAGCAUCAGUUAAUGUUCACGUCAAGCAACAGAAUUGAGAAAAAAUGUGAUCUCAGUGAUUUGGACCAUGGCAUGAUUGUUGGUGCCAUAUGGGCUGGUUUGAGUAUUUUGGUAACUGCUGAUCUCCUGGGAUUUUCAAGCACAACCGUCUCUAGAAUUUACUCAGAAUGGUGCCAAAAACAAAAAACAUCCAAUGAGGGGCAGUUCUGUGGAUGGAAAUGCCUUGUUGAUGAGAGACAUCAGCAGAGAAUGGCCAGACUGGUUCGAACUGACAAAGUGUACGGUAACUCAGAUAACCGCUCUGUACAAUUGUGGUGAGAAGAAAUGCUAUUCUGAAAUGCGGGUUGGCGCUGUUUUGGUGGCACGAGGGGGACCUACACAAUAUUAGGCAGAUGGUUUUACUGUUGUGGCUGAUCGGUGUGUAUAUAUAUCUUUUUAUUUCCCAUUUGCUCUUUAACAUUUCUUCAAUCUUGCAUGCAUGAUAUAAAAUUCAAAUCUAAUUGCGGAGAUAAAAAAACAUUGGACUACUGUUGCAUGUUAAAUAGGGAAAGUUGAGCACAAAGAUGUCCAGUAUGUACAUAGUAUUUUUUUUUUCUUUUUUUUCUGUACAACAUAAGAUGUUUUAUUAUUUUUCUGUUCAUAUUUUUGUUAAAUAAAAGUAAUUUUAUCAGAAGA